AUGCAUCACGUAAUUCCACAGCUUCUUCCACUAGUUCACCAACAAACAACUACAAAUUGCAUGCGUUCCGGGGAUUUCUAUCAAAGAAAUUCACUAACCUUUGCAAGACCACCAACAGCCAACGCGAGAGGAUCGCUUACGGCACUUCCUGUAGCUUGCGCGAUAAUGUUUUUGACAGCUGGCUUAUUGAACUUGGACCUAAUAAUAAAUCUUAUUCUACUCUGUUGUAACGAUACUCUUCGAGCGAUAUUGACUCCGGACUUGGAGAAAGUUCCAUUGGCUGUGUAUCUUCAUGACCCAAUUCUUCUUCACUGCUGCAGCUGUGUAGAAUUUCAGGAAACAUGCUCUUUCAUUUUCGAUUCGGUCCUCGUUAUCACUGCUAUCGCUAUCGCUGAGACCUCCAAACAGAGAACACGUCAUGAACAGAGGUUCUCUGCCGUCUCCAAACUCUUAUACGUGUCAAUCAAGCAGAUGAGCAGUACAAUCCCAGUUACAAUAGAUUUUUCUGGUGGAGCAGAGUUCUUGGUAAAAGCGAAAGUUCAAAAAGUUCAGAUUCCAGAAGAAUCAACACUCCGCGACGUUCUCAAAUUUGUUCGCGACAACCUUGUCACCGAUGUUCACAGGAUAAACAUGUUGCUAAACGAUGAUGCAAGUGAAGUUGCACAUGGAGUCAUCACAUUAAUCAACGAUACAGACACGGGAUUGCUAUCCGAGUAUGAUACCGUAAUCGAAGCUGGAGACACUAUCACUUUUGUAUCAACACUUCAUGGAGGUUGA